AUGGCCUCCUACAUGCGCCGCUUCAUGAGUACAGCCUCGUCUGCCUCCACCAACAUCUCCCAGUGCGGCCCCGGGCGGGCUUCUGACAUCGACACCGACACGCGGACCCCCCUCCCCACCCGUGCCUAUGCCGUCCGACAGUUCGACAUCGCGAUUGACAACAGGCCCACGGGGCGCAUCGUGUUCAAGCUGUACGACGACGUCGUGCCCCGGACGGCGCGCAACUUCCGCGAGCUCGCGACGGGCCAGCACGGCUUCGGGUACGCGAACAGCACGUUCCACCGCAUCAUCCCCAACUUCAUGCUCCAGGGCGGGGACUUCACGCGCCACAAUGGCACGGGCGGGAAGUCGAUCUACGGCGAGAAGUUCGCGGACGAGAACUUCAAGCUCCGGCACAGCAAGCCCGGCCUGCUCUCCAUGGCGAACGCAGGCCCGAACACGAACGGCUCGCAGUUCUUCAUCACGACGGUCGUGACGUCAUGGCUCGACGGCAAGCACGUCGUGUUCGGCGAGGUCGAGGAGGGCUUGGACGUCGUCAAGAAGAUCGAGGCCGUCGGCUCGGACUCGGGGCGGCCCAAGUCGCGCGUCGUCAUCACGUCGUCUGGCGAGGUAUAG